AUGAGCUUCCUCGGCGACAUCGUCAAUUCCAUCGGCACCGGCGCCGCGCCGCCACCGAAACCUGCGGGACGGCUGCCCGGCGUAAAUUCCCAACAGCGUACGGCGGAAGAUCUUAAGCCUGGAUCACGGCCUGGGGUUACUUCAACACCUUCGCCCCUCAAUGGUAGCAAACGCAGGGCUGAAGAUGAACCUCCAAAAGCUACCUACAAAAUCAUCAGACCAAAUCCUACACCUGGAUUGACUAGUUCUGUCAGCAAGCGCACAUCGGCUCCUUUGAAUGCACCCAAGCCGGCUGGUGACAAGCACGCUUCUGUGGCCAGGCCCAAGCUCGAGACCAGUGUAAGCGCGUCGAGGACUGCGUCAGCGUCACCCACAACACCAGCAACCGCAGUGUCCAAGGCACCGCCUAAAGGGUCAUAUGCAGACAUCAUGGCCAGGGCUAAGCAGGCGCAGGAGAUGAAGGCACACAGCCAAAUUGGGCUUAUUAAACAUCAGGCCACCAACCGGGAACGGGUCUCGAAAGUUGCCGAAAGGCGACGUCAGGAAGAAGAAAAAACCAAAGCUGCGAAGGACAAGUCUGGAGCACGCCCUGUCGCCGGCAAACUGGGGAAGUCAAGAAGCGCUAGUCCGGCGAAGAAGUCUGAUCAACCGCGAGUGCCGAAAGCCCCACGCCCACCCUUACAUGCUCCAGCGUCGUACAAGGGCACGAUUGGCACGGCUUCUACCAGGGAGAAACAGCAGAGCCAGCGCAGGCGGAAACAAUACGACGAAUAUCUCGGUACAGACGAAGAAGAUGCAUCGGAUGAUGUGGGUUAUGGACAAGACGAAGAAGAUGAUUAUGGGUCCGAUGCUUCGUCUGUUAUGGAGGCCGGGGCGUUUGAAGUGGACGAAGAAGAGCAGAGGGCGCUGAGAGCUGCCAAAGAAGAAGAUGCCAAAGAGCUCGCGCUCGAGGCCCAGCUGAAACGAGAGAAGGAAGAGCGGCGACGGAAACUAAUGAUUCUUGCUAGCAAACGAAAGUGA